AUGUCAGUUCCCUCAGGAAGUGCUGUUAGCACGCCCGGUUCUUCCGAGCUUGAGCUGGGCCAGGACACGUCGGCCGGUUUUCCCUACUUCUCGCUCCUGGCUGCUGAACUCCGCCUUCAGAUAUGGGAGGCGGCUCUCGACGACCGUGUCGUCUUUCUCACGACUUACCACGAGGCCCCAGAGAGAGAGUGUCUCGGAGAUGGAGGCAGAAUGCCCUACCGCGACACCAUGCUGGCAUCCCAUGUCCUCCGCCGUGUCUGCCACGAGAGCCGCGCGGUCGCCAGCCGUGCUCAAGGCGAGAAGCAGUGUUUCAGAAGCUACUAUACGGGACGGAAGAAGCGCUUUUCUACCUGGUUCGACGCGGCCCGGGACUACUUAGACAUUGCCCAGGAGGCGCAGAAUAUCGUUCUCGUCGACCGUCUCCGACACCGUCACGUCAUGGCCCACGUUGCUCGUCCGCUCCUCGCGGGCGGCAUGUUCCCCCAGGUCAAGAACAUCGCCAUCGUCCGCAACAUCGUCACGAUUCACAUCUCUCAGCGCAAGGCGGAGGAGUCGGGUCUAUUCCUGUACGGGGAGUCCAAAGCCCUCGUCAACGUCAAGGACGCGACCAAACUGAAACGGUUCCAAAAGCUCUACUGGGAGAACCCUGGGACCUUGAGCUACCGCAACGCCUGUCUGCUCGCGGUGCUCUCGACAACCAGGGGCGUCGCUACAUACACGGCCUACGAGAUGGGAGACACGGAGGACCUCUGGCUCACGGCCCAGUACAGCUUCCUGACUCCCGAGCAGGCCAAAGAGAACCGGGCCUAUCUUCGCCUGAACCUUCGGGAGAAGGCCUUCUGGGACAUGCGGGUAUGGAUGAGCGACCCGGACGGGACGGAGUGGGGUAGCGGUAUCUUUCGCGUCGUUGACAGCAAGUGGGCGCGCCAGGUGCACGCGGACAUGCCGAAGUUCGAUGUCAUGAUCAUGUUCCGGAUCUGCCAGGCCGGACAGUGUGCUGACGUUAAGUGUCCCCGGAGCUACCUUUGA